GCUUUACGUGGGCGGAUCCGCGCAGGCGCCCGAGGCGCGAGGGAGAGGCGAGCGGCCGGCGCAGUUUCGGGAGGCGAAUAUAACUUACAAAUAAUAUGUCUCCUGAAGUUGCCUUAAACAGAAUUUCUCCAUCACUUUCUCCUUUGAUCUCCAAUGUGGUCAGAAAUGGAAAAGUAGGAUUGGAUGCAACUAACUGUUUAAGGAUUACUGAUCUGAAAUCUGGUUGCACCUCAUUAACUCUUGGACCCAGCUGUGAUCGAUUUAAGUUGCAUAUUCCAUAUGCUGGAGAAACUUUAAAAUGGGAUAUAAUUUUUAAUGCUCACUAUCCUGAGUUGCCACCUGACUUUAUCUUUGGAGAGGAUGCUGAAUUUUUACCUGAUCCUUCUUCCUUACAUAAUUUGGCCUGCUGGAAUCCUUCAAAUCCUGAAUGCCUCCUGCUUGUUGUAAAGGAACUUGUACAACAGUAUCACCAGUUUCAAUGCAGCAGAUUACGUGAGAGCUCCCGGCUCAUGUUUGAAUAUCAGACAUUACUUGAAGAACCUCAGUAUGGAGAGAACAUGGAAAUUUAUGCUGGCAAAAAGAACAACUGGACUGGUGAAUUUUCAGCUCGGUUCCUUCUGAAAUUGCCAGUGGACUUCAGCAAUAUCCCUACCUACCUUCUCAAGGAUGCAAAUGAAGACCCUGGAGAAGAUGUUGCUCUUCUUUCCGUCAGUUUUGAAGAUACAGAAGCUACUCAGGUUUUUCCCAAAUUGUACCUCUCUCCUCGAAUUGAACAUGCUCUUGGUGGAUCUUCUGCUCUUCACAUUCCUGCUUUUCCAGGUGGAGGUUGCCUCAUUGAUUAUGUUCCCCAAGUAUGCCAACUAUUAACCAACAAGGUUCAAUAUGUUAUCCAGGGUUACCAUAAGAGAAGGGAAUAUAUUGCAGCAUUUCUUAGUCAUUUUGGAACUGGAGUGGUAGAGUACGAUGCUGAGGGUUUCACAAAACUCACUUUGUUGCUGAUGUGGAAGGAUUUUUGCUUCCUGGUUCACAUUGACUUGCCACUGUACUUUCCUCGGGAUCAGCCAACUUUGACAUUUCAGUCUGUCUAUCAUUUUACUAAUAGUGGAGAACUAUAUUCUCAAGCCCAGAAAAACUAUCCCUAUAGUCCACGAUGGGAUGGCAACGAAAUGGCCAAAAGAGCAAAGGCUUACUUCAAACUAUUUGUCCCUCAGUUCCAGGAGGCAGCCUUUGCAAAUGGAAAACUCUAAAAAAAAAUAAAAAAUGGGGGGGGGGGAAGCAACCUCAUCCUGAGAAAAUGCCAGACAGAUUCUUGUGCCCACAUGCUUGUCAACAGAUUGCAAGAUAACUUCCUGAAGCUUGGGCUUCAGCAUUUAUUGGCAGGGGGUUUGCUUCUGCAGUUUCAUUGUGAUCAUCAUAGACCAACUGAAUGAGAACUUUGGCUGAUUGACUUCAAUACAGGGUCUUUUUUCCCCUCUUCUUUUUCCUAUAUGCAGAAAUGUUGCUUCAUUACUUGCUUGAUGGAAGCUCAAAAUAUAUUGAAUAAAUGUGAUCCCCCCCCCCUUUUAUUUUUUUUUUAAUUUCUUUUUCUAUGCCAAUGUUUAGAGGGGUUUUUUUUUGUGUGUGUGAAUUUCUGCAUGCUGGAAUUUCUUGACACAUUAGAAGCACACUGAAAAUAAAUGUACAAUAAAUCUGUCAUAUUAUGUCUGUCUCCUAAGUUGAUUCUCAUGGGAAAGAGAAGGUAUGCAAUCGGAUCAGCCAUCAGUUGCCACAAAGAUAGGCAUGCCGUUUUUAGCAACUUUACUUGCAAAUCUUAUUGGAGGAUUUAUUUUCGUAUUUUGUUAGUUAUCAGAACAUAGCUUGACAAAGAUUAUUUAGUCACAAAGAUGCUACAGAAAUGGUUGCUAUUUAAAUAGUGGUUACUAAUUUAAGUUAAUUCUGUGACAUAUUAUUAAUGAUUCGAGUUAAAUUUUUCAUUUUAACUGACAUUCGAGAACUGUACGGAAAACUAUUACUGGAUGCAUCAUAAUUUCUAAUAUAAAAAUAAGACGUUGAGUGUUAGAUACAUGUUUUUUUCUUUCCUGUGAUAUAUUUAGGCAAAUCACUUGCCUCUGACUCGCAAUAGAGUAACUUCCCAUAUUUGUAAAUAGCAUCAAGGAUUUUCCAAAUGGAAUAUAAAGUUCACGAUGCUAUAGAUAGCAUAUUAGCCAUAUACCUUAUUUCUCCAGAGAGUUAGGAAAUGAGCUAACAAAUAAAUGCACCAACUGUUUGAAAAUGUAUGAAUGCAAGACCUGAUAUUUCAAUAUAUGGCAUAGACUGCAUUUUGGUGAACUUAUGAAUCUUAACAAUAAUAUUUGCAUUGAAAUAUUUAAGGAUUAUGUUCUGGCCCAAACUUCUGUUAGCCAUGAAGCAUAUUUGAUGCUUUUGGGAAGUCGGUGUCCUGCCAUCUGUUUGCCUUCAGAAGUCUCUGAUGAUAAAACUGAAAUAACCUAUAAAGUUUCUUGGAUGAAAACGUUCCAAUGUUGCAGAUGCAUAGUUUGAAACAUACAUUGUAAGCCCAAUGAUAUGUGACAGAUGACAGGCCCCUGAGCAGGAUUUAAUCUGCAAUGGCAUCUUUAUAAGCAUAGCUAACCGUAGGCCAGAUUGCACUCCAAGCAAGAAAUGUUUACAGAUUCCCCCCCGCCCCCCCACUAUUCACCUCUUGAAGACCCUUGGGUUAUUAAAUAAUUUGUAGCCAUUGCUUACAAAGUGAUAUGUCAGUAUGAUUUCUGUCUCAUUAAAAUUAUACCUUAUAUGCA